AUGACGAUAGAAGGCAUGACUACCUCACAACGAAAGCGCAUUAUCGUUGCUCUCACAGGCGCAACUGGAGCUAUCCUUGGAAUCAAGACCCUCAUCGCCCUCCGGCGGCUCAAUGUCGAAACACACCUCAUCAUGACCAAGUGGGCUGAGAGUACCCUCAAGCACGAGACAGACUACACCCCGGCGGCCGUCCGCGCCCUCGCGGAUCACGUCCACAACAACAGCGACAUGGCCGCCCCAAUCGCGAGCGGGUCGUUCCGAGUAGACGGUAUGAUCGUGGUGCCUUGUAGUAUGCGAACGCUCGCUGCAAUACGCGCGGGGCUAUGCGACUCACUUGUCGCCCGCGCGGCGGACGUGGUGAUUAAAGAGCGCCGAACGCUUGUACUCGCCGCACGGGAGUGUCCCCUGAGCGGAAUUCACCUCGACAAUAUGCUCUCUCUGGCACGGAACGGGGUCGUUAUCUUUCCGCCGGUGCCCGCGUUCUAUCAACGGCCGGCGACGGUGGACGAUAUCGUUGAGCAUAGUGUUGGGCGAAUGCUCGAUCUGUUUGACCUAGAUACGGGAGGGUUUGAGCGAUGGGGAGGUUUCCAAAGAGAUUAA